CAACAUCAUUUUGCUUAAUGCAAAACAAACAAAAUCUCAAUUUCUUCCUCAUUUGAUGCUACUUUUGUCUCUCACUCUCUUGUUUUUCUCCUUUUUCAUCUCUAAAAAAAGUAGUCCAAGAACUCAACCUUCAAGGGGUUGAUGUCUUUUUUACAAGAAACUUUCUUGAACAUUUAGGUGAACAAGAACAAAAAAUGAACACAUAUGAGAAGAAUGAUAUCUCUUAUAAGUGAGUAUUUUAACUGUGGUGAUCAGUCCAACUUGCGUGUAAUUGUUAAUUAGUUAACUUACACCAGCACCGGCUAUUGUGUGUGUGAGAGAGAAAACUGAUAAUUGGGAAAAUUUCACUUGUCAUGGACAAGAAGAGAUCAUCAAGAAAUCCACAACAGAUAGAGAAGAGUCAGCUUAAUUGUAUGUGGGGAUUGAUAAGCAGCCUUUAUUUUGGUCAAAAUCAAAGAAAACAGAAGCUACUUUCAAAUGGGAAAGCUGCAACUAAGAAUUUUACAGGCAAAAAACCAAGAAAGCUUGAUGCUUUAACUUGCUUCAAUGACCAAUUAUAUGGGUUUGAGGAUGGAGGUGAAGUUGAAGCUUUAGGAGUUCGUACGCGUGGUGAAAUGCAAAAGAACACUCAAAUAAUAGCUAGAAAUGAGCAACAUAAAGAAGUAGAUUAUGGACUAUUUGAUCAUAUGAUAAGUAAAUACAAGCCAUCAUCAAAGAAGACCUGUAAGAAUCAGUCACCUUUAUACGAUUGGAAGGAUACUGAGACCGGGCAUUUUCAGCAGGCUUCAGGUUCAGCAGAAUUGUCAAUCAAUAAGUUAAAACUGGCAUCUUUAUUAGAAGCUAUUUGCAGUCAGAUUUUUCAGGAAAAUGGAGAUUCACAGAGGAGUAUCAUUAAGAAUGAUCAGUUUGACGAGAUCAGUUUACAAGUACUUCAGACGAGUGCCAAAGCAUUUAUCGAUCAGUUGUUCAUAGACAGGAAGUAUAUCAGCAAACGUGGCAUGAGCUAUGAGCCUGGACAGUUCUCUAAUGCAUUAGAGAUGUUAAAUUCAAAUGGAGAUUUGUUUUUGAAACUCCUACAAGAUCCGAAUUCACUAUUAGCAAAGCAAAUCCGAAACAUGCUAAACGUGCAAAUGGCAAGAGAUUCAAUCAAGUGCUUCAUGAGUGACAAACUCUCAGAUGGUCAGAGUAGUGAAAGUGACAUCAAGCAUCAUCAAUUUGCAUCUAAAGAAAGUUCCAGCUCCCGGUCUUCAAAUAAAAUAGUUGUUUUGAAGCCAAUUCCUAAAACUGUUCGAUGUUCUGAAAAUAUUUCCUGUCAUUGUUCGUCUAUGCAGUAUCUUCAUAGCACAAGUAGUAAAGGGGAAAAUGUCAAGCGCAAGAACUUUUCUCUCAAAGAUAUUAAGAGGAAACUGAAAUAUGCAAUGGGAGAAAAAUGGAAAGAGAAGCAUUUGCUUUCAGUAGGAAGCACUUUACAUAAGCUUCAUAGCAUUAGCAACAAGCAGAACUUGGAAGUUGAUAAUGAAGGGAACAGUUCAUGUCUUACCAUUGCAGGGUCCAUUAACUCUUUCACUGGGUCCAACACCACGAAUGAGGCAGAGAACAAACAAGAAUCCUUUAUGACUGAAAGAGUGCAUAAAAAGGUGGAUGUGUCAGCCUUAAGAUACACCAAGAAACGGGAAUUGGACAUCUGUAUGGAGGCAAAGAAACAUCUUUCUCAAAGAUUAAAUUUUAUCAAUACUACAGGUGAAGCUGUGAUGAGCGAACAACCCUCAAGAACAUUGGAAAGGAUUCUUUCCUCGCCCGAGUAUGAUCUAAAGUUCACAUAUAGUUCAAAACAGGAUAGCAAAAUUAAUCCGGCAGAAAUGAGGCACAAUACAAGUAUAGCUGAAUUGCCUCGUGAACCAGCCUUUACUAGUUAUCAAAGUCCUCAAAGACACAAGGAUUGCCUGCAUCUUAAUAGCUCAAUGGCGGCUUCACCUUCAGAAGUUUGGUCUCCUGGUUCGUCAACAGAUGUUUCAUCGUCGAGUCCAUACAGCAUUUAUAAAUUAAGAGGAGAUCACCAAAGUCCAGUGUCAGUCCUAGAACCGGUUUUCACUGAUGAUCUAAGAAGCCCUUCUGGAAAUCUACCAUCUGACACUGCAUUACCACCACGUCGUAUCAACUUUGAUGGAUGUUUGAACAAGGAAUCACCUGAAAAUCCCAUACUGAAUCGCGGAGAACCUGAUGCCCUUUGUAUUUAUAUUCAGUCAAGUUUGCAUAUUCUUCACUUGAAUUGGGAAGAACUUUGGCUAAAUAGGCAUCUUUCAGAACAAAUGCUCGAUGCAACAUUAUCCGAUGAACUGGAGACAUUAGCACUGCAUUGUCAUUCUGAGCCUAAACUCCUGAUGAACUACACAAAUGAAGUUCUACUAGAAGCAUAUGAUUCUCAUUUCAGAUUUCUUCCGUGGCUAUCGUUCGUUCAACCCAAGAUUUUUUCCUUUCCACUGGAAAAACAUCUAGUGGAAAAGGUAAUGAAGGAAGUGAGACAACACCUUAUUCCAUUGAUGGAAGAACUUACACUGAUUGACCAUGUUGAGAAUGAUUUGGCAAAAUCUGGUUCAUGGCUUGAUAUUCGAAACGACGCUGAAGAUGUUUUGAGUCAAAUCACAGAUGAUGUUCUUGAAGAAUCAAUUCGGGAUGUCGUUCUCCAACUUCAUACUUCUUUCUUGUGUAGCUAAAUUUUGCUUCCUUCUUGAACAUUCUUUGCCUAUUCUUCCUUUUGUUUGUAAUGAGCUUUUGUACACCUUAGCUAGUACUUAUCUUCUUGUUUGUGCUACAGAACAUAAAAUUCUAUAUAGGAGUUGUUUUUAAAAUGUUGUAAUGGUGAUUAUAGUUGGUGUAGUUAAA